AUGCGAAAGAAUUGGCAAUCUCCCAGAAGGUCAUCUGUGAUACGUCUGACGCUUCCCGCCGAUCCGCAGGCAGCUCAAGAUUGGAACCAGAAAGUGCUUGGUGCGCUUCCAGCAUUCAACGAAUGGGCAAUAUUGGAUGCGCUCGGUAGCUUUCUCGAAGGCGUAAAUACUAUAGUAUGGGCACGCCAUUACCCACCUGACUGUCAGCUUAUCGCUCAAGACAACAAGACUGCAAUCGAGGAAUGUGGAGAUUGGGACCUUUCCUACAAGUCCUGCGAGCUAAGUUCUCCUCCUUUCGAUACGCCACUCCAAGGAACAAUCUUCCAGACCUCUCGGUUUGACCCAAAGUCACUGGGUUCCUGCUACGACGCAAGAGAGGACCUGGAAAUCACAGAGGAGCUUCUCAACAAUGCACUCACAAAUAUCACUCUUUCCGCUAUUUCUCUAGGAUUAUGGCAGGAAACAAUUCCCGUAACCUUCACCCGCUAUCAGAGCACGUACUCUUUCGCCAGUCCGCUCAACCUCAUUCUUCCGUACAGCAUCUGCUUCGUUGCUGCCAGUAUCUUCGCUGGUAUAGCAAUAUACUCACUGUCGCGGAACGGCACACCCGCGGCGGAUGGCGGCUUCUUGCAGAUUAUGACGGCCACGAGGGGUAACACGGAGAUGGAACGGCUUGUCUUGCGACACGAUUUGACGAAGCUGGACAAGCUGCCGGUGGAGCUAAGGAGUCUCAAGGUACGGUACGGCGAGCUGGUUGGCGCAGACGUACCGGGAUUCGAGGGGAGGUUUGGGUUCGGAACGGCUGAGGAAACAAUGGGUCUGAGGAAACGGAAGUGA